AUCAAAGUCUAAUGAAAUUCCAAGAGUUUUACAUCCAGAUCACAAGGAAACAAAAAUUAACUCUUGAAGGAAACGUGAUUUACUUCCUAAAUCACACAAUGUACAUAUGUGUAGUACUAAUUUGUUAGGUAUGAAAAGAAUCUUUUUUUAUAAACAUAUUUUGAUUUAUUUCCAUAAGUGUGAGGACGAUCUCAUGCAAAACUUGUUUUAGUACACUUUGUAUACUUUAUGGACAGAGGGAGUAAUAAAAAAAAUUAUCCCUAAUUAAUUAAAGACACUACUCCGUAUUUCAUUUCCAGUAUAAAAAGAGGGCAGGUACUGAGAGUGAAGUAGGAAUUUGAAACAACUUUCAUAAUCAGUUACAUUUCAACAUAUUUUUAGUGAGAGAAAAAAAAAAAAAAAAAAAAAAAACUCGCAUAAAUGGCUACCCUUAUUGCCCCUGACCAUGCUGAUCCUAUUGCUGAUGCUGAGGCUCUGAAGAAAGCAUGCCAUGGAUGGGGAACUAAUGAAAAGGGAAUUAUCGAAAUUAUUGGUCACAGAAAUGCAGGCCAGAGGAAGCUGAUCAAGGAGGCUUAUGAGCAACAGUACAAUGAAAAUCUUAUUAAGCGAUUUGAGAAAGAGCUUUCUGGGGAUUUUGAGAGAGCUGUGUACCGGUGGAUGUUGGACCCCUUGGACCGGGAGGCUGUCCUUGCCAAUGUAGGUAUCAAGAAAUCAGAUUACCGAGUAAUCGUAGAGCUCUCAUGCAUUUCAUCCGCGGAGGAACUCUUGGCAAUCAAACGGGCCUAUCAAGCUCGAUACAAGCAUAGCCUGGAGGAAGAUGUUGCUUCAUAUUUUUCUGGUGAUAUGCGCAAGCUGCUGCUUCUGCUGGUUAGUGUUUACAGGUACGAGACUGAGGAGUCUGAUCCGAAACUGGUGCAGGCCGAGGCUGAAAUCCUUCACAAGUGUAUCAAAGAUAAGGCUUAUAACCAUGAUGAGAUCAUAAGGAUCCUUACCACAAGGAGCAAGGCUCAUCUCACUGCUACCUUUUAUCGAUUCAGAGACGUCUACAGCACCCCAAUCACUAAGAGUUUGGCUUCUGAUCAAGAUAAGGACUUUGUGGCCGCGCUACAAAAUGCCAUCCGAUGCAUCAAGUCCCCUCUCAAGUACUUUGAGCGGGUUGUGACCAAUGCACUUAAGAAGCGAGGAACUGAUGAGUGUGCACUGACAAGGGUGAUAGUAACAAGAGCAGAGAGAGACUUGGGGCAGAUCAAGGAGCUGUUCUACAAGCGGAACAGUGAGACCAUGGAGCAUGCUGUUGCUAAGGAGACUGGUGGAGAUUAUGAGAAGUUCCUCCUUACUCUGAUUGGAAAACAGGAUCAUUAACCUACAAUGACAUAUGAAUUUGCUCUGUAAUUUCACUUGUCAUUUUAGUUGAGCAUCAUUGUUAGUGAGAAGCUCAACAAGACUUUCUGUAUUUCAUCCUAUCGUGUUUAGAUUAUGUUAUGUUGAGGAGUUUGAUAAAUGAAUGAAUUAUCAUUUGAACUUUGGUUAA